ACGGGCGGCGCGUCGGGCUCCGUGUCCGCGCGCCGUCGCCAUAGCAACGUGUCGGUGUCUCUCCUCAGGGUGGACAAGGACCGCAGCGGCGUCAUCUCGGACAGCGAGCUCCAGCAGGCGCUCUCCAACGGAACAUGGACUCCAUUUAACCCAGCAACAGUCAGAUCUAUUUUAUCUAUGUUUGACAGAGAAAACAAAGGUGGCGUGAACUUCAACGAAUUCACUGGUGUCUGGAAGUACAUCUCGGACUGGCAGAAUGUAUUUCGCACGUAUGACAGAGACAAUUCUGGAAUGAUUGACAAACAUGAAUUAAAGCAAGCACUAACAGGUUUUGGUUUUCGAUUGUCGGACCAAUUCUACGAUCUCCUUAUUCAGAAGUUUGACAGACAAAGGAGAGGACAAGUUGCGUUUGAUGAUUUUAUUCAGUGCUGUGUUGUCCUGCAGAAAUGGACAGAUGUCUUCAGACGCUACGAUACUGAUCAGGAUGGCUGGAUUCAAGUGUCUUAUGAACAGUACCUGUCUAUGGUCUUUAGUGUUGUAUGACUGCAAGUACCAUUUCGAGGACAUGGACUGAAUUUGCCAAUUUCCUUAUAUAUACCAAGUAUCAAAGAAGGCUAAUUUAUCAUUCUUAAAUCUUGAAUCUAAACAGGCUAAACAUGUUUGCUAAUUACCUUUUUUUAAAAAAAAUUAGAUUAUGGCCAUAAUAGCUGCAGCUAUAAAAUUUCAGCACUAUCAUGUUCAAUGUUUUUGAAAAUGUGCAUGAAGUCUCAAUGCCAAACUAAUAGUGCUCAAACUUGCACAAUAUUGCAUGUGCCUUUUUUUACAGAGAAUAUUAAAACAGAUUCAUCUAGAACUAUGUCCUGUGUUUGUAGGAAACAUGUCUUUAAAUGGGGGUGGGGAAGGUAUGCUUUUGUAAACUAUUAUAGGUUGGGUUCAGUUAUGGCGGGUUGUAUCUCUGUUCAUUUCAGUAAUGCUGUGUAUGUAUAUCUCCCUCACACAAGAGCAGGUAUUCCUUUAAAGCUGCAGCAUAUGCAGAAUGGGAGAAGGGAAUUGUGGUUAGUUCCAGGGCUUUACAGUAUUCAGAGCAAUAGUAUAAAGGUAGCUGUAGACUACCAGAUGUACUUCUAUUUGGCUUUUUUAAAAACCUUACCUAGACAGAUGGAACUGGCCAAAGACCAUCCUGGAAGGUGGAGGUGCCGAUUUCCACAAAAGUGGUUUGAGAGGAGCCAUAUUUAAUGUUCAGUGUUUUAAAAUAUAUCUCUGUUUUUGUGCUUUAGUCCUGCAAAGCCACA